CUAAGCGCUAACGGUAAACAACAUGGCGGCGAUGACAUGAUGGAAAGGUAGCUUUGGCGUGCUUUUCCUUCUAACUUUUUUUUUUUUAUUAUGUGAGACUUUACGUGCAAUAAAAGGAUAUGUGUUCGUGUGGAUAGAUCUACUGAAUCGGAGACUGUGUCGCCGCCGAAUACAUAGUUAAAGGAGCUAGCUAGCCGGCUUGGCUAGGCACAGAAUUAGAUGCUCAUGAUGGCCUUUUCAGGAGGAAACGGGAGGAUGCUGCAGCUUUGAUUACUGUGAUUGAUCACUGAGGUUGACUGGUGAGAGGAGAGCUAACGCAUGCUGGAACAAUGUCGGAGUGGAAGAGGAUUUUCGAUGAAAACCGAGUGAUUCCUCCUCCUAACCAAACAUCCCGGUUAGCACAGGGGCCGAGCCAGGCUUUCCGACUUGUGUUCAAACGACUGGAUGGACUUCACUUAAACCAGGCUGAGGAGCUGAGAUCAGAAAGGUACGAGCUGCGUGUCUCUCUGUUUGACAACAGUCUUCAUCGUUUCUUUGGAAGGACAUGGAAAAGCAAACCACAUCAGGCCACUAAGCGAAAUCAGGAACAACCCUGCAAAGUGCAUUUUAAUGAGGUUGUAUAUUUCCACACGUCUCUGUGUCUGGCCUCCGUGGUGGCUGUUGUGGAGCUGGCUUCCCUCUCUCAUGGGACAGACACUUCCCAGAAUGCAGUGGGGCAGGGAUUUGGCAUCCUGCAGCUCUUUUCUGAACAAGCGCAGGGAGAGGGCAGGUUGAGUCUGUUCCAUGGUACUCCUCGAGCUCUGCUACACCCGACACUGAGGGACCCACUGCAGAUGAAUGCAGUGUUGUCAGCGAUAGAGGGAACUCAGCUGCUGUAUUCUCUCCAGCCACACCCUGCCCUCAAUCCCAUCAUGCACCUACUCCCACCCAAUAUCAUGGUCUCUGGCCAUGAGCUCAUCCCUGGAGUCCUUCCUCCAACUGACAGCACAGGAGAUGCUCUGCACAGACCCAGGCUGAUGCCAGCAUUCUCCUGCGUGCUUGAGAAAGUGUGUGUGUCUCUCUCUCCCUCCAUCCAGGCCUUCGAGGCAGACCUGCUAGAGAGGCUCAACAAUGAUCGCAACAACAUGAGAAUGGGUGCAGAAGUGCGUUCGGUGGUGGUGCAGGAGAGAAGACUGCACGUUGGUGUCCAUAACGGCCUGGGCUGGGUGGAUGGACCUCAGGUGAUGGUGCUAGAGCCCAAGUCUGGGGGAAGCGGUGGCCUCAAACAGAGUUCUACAGAGACAUGCAGCGCCGUCCUGAUGCUACGUGGUAACGUGGAGCUGAGAAUGAUAAGGCACCCAGCCUUCAGCUUGGUCUUCCAGCUGGAAUACGUCUUCUCCGUUCCCAUUGCAGGAGACAGGAAGACGUCCUCCAUGGCCAUGCAGCGGGCAGUAUUUAUGCAGUGUGUGCGCUGGGGUGUGUGGAGUCCUUUCUCUGAUCCUGAUGACCCUCAUGAAAGCGUUCAUGUUAGCCUGCAGGGUGGAGCCCUACCCAACCCCUGUGGAGUUAUGGUGUACACAGCACACACGCAACAGACCGAUGCUGAAAGAAGUGUCGUCAAAUUCAAGUUUAUGUACAACACCGAAGGUGCCACGUCCACUACGAUGUCAAAAUCAGUCUCCCAGGAAAAGCCUCAGACUAAGAAGUGGCAGGAUACAUCCCAAGAUGAAAGCAAGCUUGGACUCGAAGCUUCACCACUGCGCACCACCCGCGGUCCCGGACUCUCGCUCUCUCAGCUGGCUGUGUCUUCGCACUUCCCAACUCGGAGCCACACGACGGGGUCGUCAUGGCAACAGCAGCUUCCCGCUCCACUCGCUCUCUCCCCGAUGGCGUCGGCCCACCAGCUGUCACACGUCGUGCAUCCUCCUGUUGGCAUAGCACACCUAGAAGUCAGUGCGAUGGAGAGAGAGGGACUGAGGGAUGCCCCAGAGGAAGAGUGUGAUCUACACGAACUGACCUUCACCCCUGUCCAUGCUCCUGUCAUCACACUGGGAACACACACAUCUGGUUCUAACAGGACGAGUUCUCGAGGUUUCCUCGCUCAUCUCUUCUCCUCCCGCUUCCCUGAAAUCCGUGACGACUUCAACCAAGUGGCCGAGCUUCUCGACCCUGACGAGCCUGUGAACUUUGACCCCUACAGAGAAGAGACCGAUUCAUUGCAGGCCAACACACUCCUCCUUCAGUUCCUGGCAUUUAGCAGGGUCCAUCAGGCAGGUGUGAAUAUGGAAUGGCCAAGCACAGUACACUUCACCUUUCAGCUAUACCGUUUCCCUCACGUCACCACACAGCGCCUCAGGCUUGUGGUCUCUGAGGCCAGUUCGAGACCUGAUUACCCCUGCAUUCUGUCUGUUACCAACAAGGAUGGAAGCAUUGGAUCAGGUCUUCCUGGACUGCAGUUGCAGUACCGUGUCGAUCCUGCCUUCCUCAAGCCCGGCGAGCGUAUUUGGUUCCUCCGCUACCUGGCACUGCACACCCUGCACAUAGACGUGUGGGACAGCGACUCGCUACUGCUCAUCGGCUCUGCCGCCGUUCCGCUGAAGCAUCUGUUGCGUCAGGGUCGAGCCGCUGUGCAGGUGAUUCAUGAGCUGGAGGUCAUUAGCACUGAGUACCUGCAGGAUGCCAGUCUGGCAAGAGAGCAUGCAGGUGGGCAGAGGGCCAUACCUGCCAUGAGCGUCCACACCGUUGUCAAAGGCAGGCUGUUUAUCCGACUCGGCAACAUUGGUGGCGUGGUGCAGAAAAACCCGAACCCGUCUGUUCUUCUCCCGCCAUCUCGCUCUCAUGUCAUUCAGCCCAGCCAGACUCCCACAGGCUUUCAAGGAGGCAGUCUGUCCUCAAACGCCAUCCACAAUCUCAACGCACGGAACACAAGGCGAGCCCAGCGUUUGCCAGAUAUCGAUGGCGAGUUGGCUAGUCUCCUGCAGAGUCGGAUGAAAGAAGUGGAUGGUGCCUGGCUGCAGAGUCGAGGAGAGACAGAGGAAGUGCGUCAAAGGAAGAUUGACAGGAUGGCAGCCGUCCGUCAACAUGAAGGGAACACCACAUACAAAACACCAAGCUACAUGAGGAGAAAGGAUGAUCAUUCUCAGGACCUACGUUUAAUAGAGGCCUAUCGAGAGCGCUGCAAAGUGGAGGGCAUCAUUAACAUGCUGAGCCAAGCCAUCACCACCACACACACAAUCUAUGCUACGCUUGGCACUGCCGAAUUCUUCGAAUUUGUGCUUAAGAACCCUUUUAAUAUUCCUCAGACGGUCACCAUUGAGUGUGAGGACCCUGAGCUCAGUGUUAUAGUGAACGCUGAGGAAUGGAGGUAUUUUAAAGACAUGGCAAAGACGUGCACGCCGUUGGAGGUGGAGAUGUUUCACAUGAAGGAGGACAGCUCCACACCUCAGGUGUAUUUGCGGCCCAGAGAGAGCAUCCACAUCCCUCUCAAGUACCAAAGCUUUGUCUCUGGGCAUGCCCUGCUUUCUCAGGAUUCGAAGACUUCGAAUAGUCUACAUUUUGCUCAACCCCAGCAGUCUAAUACAGUGAUGGCUAAAUCCAUCAAGGUGUUUUUCCGAGCAGCAGACAGUCAGCCACUGGCCAUCUGCCAAGUGAGAGUGGAGCCUACUCCCCACAUCGUCGACCAGACCUUUCGCUUCUAUCAGCCCGAGCUCUCCUUCUUUAAGAAAGCCAUCCGGCUGCCUCCUGCUGAACCCGGCACACCAGAUGCUGGUUCCAGGCUCCAGGUGCGCUGCAGCGACCCCAAUGUGAUCUGCCACGUCAUCGCCACGCCUCCGGGAGAACCUCAAGACAUUUAUCUGAAAGUGCCAGGGGCUCCCAGUCCACAGAUUAAGACAUUUGUCAUCAGCGUGUUCAAUGAUCCCUGGCUGGCUUCUCCCACUCAAACAUGGCAGGUGUACAUGCAUUACCUGCAAAAAAUGGACAUUAGCUGUGUGUGUGGAACGCUCAGCUGGCACUCCCUGGUACUGCGUGGCACACAGAGCAUCCGCAAGGUCAAGUGCUACACUUCCCACCCUCUGGAGCUGCAGGUGGACCCAGAGGAAGUGUUUGCACUCCCUGCUAUGUGUGUGCAGGACAUUAGGCUGGGAGUGAAGGCUCUGCACUCUGGGAGCUGCUUCCGCUACCUUAAUGUGGUGGAUGUGGACACGAGGCAGCUGGUGGCAUCCUGGCUUCUCUGCCUCACCUGCAGGCAGCCUGUUAUAUCACGGGCCUUCGAGAUUCAAGUGCCUGUAGGAGGUGGAAAAGGCAGCAAUAAGAAGAUCAGCUUCACCAAUCCCUAUCCGACCAACAGAGGAUUCAGGCUGUGCUCGGACCAUCCAGACCUACUGCAGUUCAAAGAGGAAAAGUUUCAGAUUGAAGGAGGUGCGAGCUACAACAUCGGGUUGCGUUUUGCUCCCAGUCAGAGCGCCGGUACCGAGGAGAUCCUCGUCUUCAUCAAUGAUCUGGAGGAUAAGAACGAGGAGACGUACUGCAUCAAAGUUGUCUACAGAUAACACCCACAAACCGGCACAUGAAGCUGGGCUACGUUGUUGUCAUCAUCACCAUCAACAACAACAUGACUUGGUCAUCUUUUUUUCCUAACAAAGCUUCAGUUGUGAUAAAACUGUGAUAGAGAUCUCCUCAAGGCAUGUCUCUUACAUCUGAUUCUCAGACCAGCUGUAUGUAUGAAUCACUAUUCAACAGGAAAACAGAUGAAAGACCAGCAGAAGGGUGAUAUAUUUUUUUUUUAAACACACAAAUGCAUAUGGAUGACACCAGUGAGAUGUGUGCACGCAUGAAGAUUGUGUACUGAGGCAGAGAUGAAACAGAAAUCCUCAAUCCGCAGCAUAUAUACACUAAAUAAACACUGAAAUCUGCAGCUGAAGGCUGGUUUUCACACCUUCUGUGCCUUCUGUAGCCCUGUUCUUUUAAAUAUCUUUUCUCCAAUGGCUUCCUGACUUCCCAUACUGAGAUUCUAUAGACAGCAAGUGUGUUUUUUUUCUGAUAAACAAUUUCAAAUAAACAUUUAUAAGCUCAGGAAGUGGCAUUCCCAGAACAAAUUUGGUUGGUGAAGAACGAUACUCUGACUCUGCACACCUCUUUUUGUUUGACUGACAGCUUGAUUUAAUGACAGGAUAUUCAAAUUAAAAUUAGGAUGUUGGAUGUUCCCUCGGGAACAUCGGCUCUCAGAAAUUAAAGUGUAUUGAUUUGCAAAAGUGGGGCAUGGUGGUGUAGUGUUUAAUAUGUUUGCCUCGCUCCUUGUGCAUGGUGUUUCUUCUGGGUGCUCAAGUUUCCUUCCCAGUCUAAAGACAUGCGUUUUAUGCUGAUUUGUCAUCUUUAAAUUGUCUGUAGUGUGUGUGUGUGUGUGUGUGUGUGUGAUUGUGCUCUGUGAUGAGCUGUGAGGGUGUCUCCCACCUUGUACCCUGAGUGCCCUGGGAUAGCCUCCAUGUUCCCCAUAACAGACAUUUAAAACCAGAGGUCAAAGUCUCUUCAGCCACUGCUCACAAUCUUGCGGUAACCAUAGACAAUCAACUGUCGUUUUCCUCCCAUAUUGCCAAUGUGACACGGUCAUGUCAUUGUCUUCAGUACAACAUCCGAUUUCUUUUGUACAUUUUUAUCCAUACAGGCUGUUCAGGUGCUUGUUCAGUCUCUUGUCAUUUUGAGACUGGACUACUGCAACUCCCUACUGGCAGAUCUACCUCUGAAAGCAAUUCGUCUACUGUAAAUGAUCCAAAAUACAGCUGCAUGACUUGUUUUCAACCUGCCUAAGUUCUCCCACACCACCCCACUGCUGUGCUAAAAUUCAAAACAUUGAUGCUUGCAUAUAAAACCAAGAAUGGACCAGCACCCUCUUACCUCAAAGCUCUUAUUACUCCUUGCACUGCACCACACUCCCUCUGAUCUACUAGGACUGCUCCCACCAUCUCUCAGGGUAAGAGGUAGGUAUACAUCUCUGUUCUGGCACCAAGACGGUGGAAUAAACUUCCCCUAGAUGUCCGAACAGCCGAGUCACUGACGGAUGAAAACCUACCUCUUCCUGAAGCACUUAAACUAGCUCUUAUUUUCCGUUUGUUUUAUGCAGUUAAAAAAUUGUGCUAUAUUUUCUUCCAACACAGUUUUUAGGCUGAUGGUAUCUUAAGUCUGUGACCUAUUGAACCAGCGUUAAUGUAUUCAUUCAUAGAGACUUCAAAUCACUUUUGUAUGUCACGCUUCUGCCAAAUGCUAGUAAAUGUAACAAGUGUCUAAUGCAUUCAUUAGCUAAACGACUAAAUUAACCAGCUAUUCAUGUACAGCACACACUCACAACUUUCUCUUCAAUCAUAAACCAUAGAAUGUUCUAAAUACAAUACACUUUAACCAACCAACAACAGGGUAACAAAACAAAUCCGGACAGGUCACUUCAGGAAAAAGUUUUAAAUCUUUGUCACUUUGGACAGUGAUGAUCAUUUAAUCAUACAUGCUAAGUUUCGUAUCAAAUUGCUCCAGAGCCACAUAUCAAACAGUUAUGCUGUAUGGUUACAGCCCUAAUCUCUUUACAUUUCUAUAGAAACAAAUGUGUUUCUCUAAGCUUGUAGACCAAUGGCUUUUUAGAGACAUCACUUAUUUUGAAUUCCCUUAACAUAACAAAGUAUUUGUCGAUUGAGUUCUCCUAUUAUAUCAAAUGCUACCUAUAUGGAAAUCCCAAACCGUCUCGAGAAAGGAAUCAUCUUUAUUCUGAACAGAGCACAGAGUCAGCACACGUUGUGCCUGCUUAAGUGUUGAGCUAAAGCUCCAGCAGUGGGUUGCCAUUUCCCUAUUGAGAUUGAGGGUGUCACUUGCAGAGAUUGAGCACGCUCUAUACAGAGCUCGGGGAGUUUUACUGUUUAACAGAGGCAGCCGCAGUGGACUUUUGUGCUUGUUCACACUGAGCUGAACCUCCUACAGUGGGUCAUUAUCACCACAGUUCAGAAGAGACACUGUUCUCCCAGAGCGACUGCUCCAGCUUUCUGCUACAGACACUCUGAGUCCUGCUUGAGAAAAGCUCGCUGAGAACUGGGGACCUGGUUCACUAAAGCCAUUAAUAUGCACAGAGCUGGCAGUAGUCGCUGAUAUUUGGCAGCAACUCAAAAUCUAUUUAUUUAUUGUUGCUGGAAGUGCGAUUAUUGCAGAAAUUCUUAUGUAAAGUAACACACAAGGACGAGGACCAGAGUUUUGUGUUUGUGUAGGAUGUUCAGUAUCACUAGAUAUAAUCUUCUACUUCGACUGUGAUUAUUCAUGCUGGUAAUUUAUAUAAGAACACAAAAGUGUAAUGGUACCCCAUUGAUCUGAGGGUUUUUUUUUAAGGCUAAUCUGCAUGAUGACAUGUCCUACAUAGUGUGAUCUCAACGAAAUUCACUUUUCACACAACCAAAAAAGUAAGAAAAUGCACCCGUUUCAGUUGUGUGGUGUGUUGGAAUGCUUUUGGCCCGAAUUACAUGCAUCGUUUAAGCACUUACACUUGUGAGAACACUAUUUGCUUGGUAACUGCGAAGUAUGAAUGCCAAGCAUGAAAACUACCUAAUGACUGCAGCCAGGAAUUUACCUAGGUGUUAUUUUUUCCAGGAAAACACUGAAAAACAUAGUGACGACGAAAAUGCAUCGAGAAUAUAAACAUUUUCCUCAGAUGUGUUAGCAAAAUGCUAGGAAAAGUCGCAGUACUACAACUAAUCACAUUGGAAUUACACUUUAGCACCUACUACAAACCAGGACUUGUGAACUCGUAGUGAUAAUGGAAAAAAAAAGAAAGAAAAAAAGUGAAGUUGCUGAUUUUAGACUUUUAUAUCAGCACUAAUGCGUAUCACAUUGAAUGUUGUCCUGUUUGAUGACCUUUAAAUAUUACCAAGAAAACAGUGGAAAAAGUAUACAAAUGUGAAAAAGAAAAAAAAAAACCUUUUACAAAAGGACAAGAACCCUGCCUUAAGGUCAGGCCUAUACAUGCAUACUGGCAAAUAAUGCGAAGGUUGUUGUAAUAGCUGUAAUGGCUUUUGGCUUUUUGUUGUAAGCUGCUUUGUUCUCUCUGAGCUAAAAGUAUCUGACCAGACAAAGCAUUGGAUUUUUGGCUCUCAUGAAAAUGUGCAAAUGUGAAAUCUCAUUAAACUCCCAGAACCAGCACUGGUUGUACUAAACACAAUUAUAGAUUUCACUCAGAGCAACAUUCAGUGGUCUGAUCAUUCUUAUUGGGUCACUUAAAAAAAAAUACAAGCAUUAAGCCUCUGACCAAAAUCAAAUGUUACAGAGGAAUGAUUGUGUUUCAGUAAAAGAAGCAGAUUAUUCAGCAAGAAACCAGAAUAUUAAGGGAGGAAGGGAGGGAAGGAAGGAAAUACAGAAGGACGGAAGGAAGGAAGGUAGGAAGGACGGAAGUAAAGAAGGAAGGACGGAUGGAAGGAAAGAAGGAAGGAAAUACGGAAGGAAAGAAGGAAGGAUGGACGGACGGAAGGAAGGACGGAAGGAAGGAAGGAAUGACGGACGGAAGGAAGGAAGGAUGGACAGAUGGAAGGAAGGAAGGAUGGAAGGAAAGAAGGAAGGACGGAUGGAAGGAAAGAAGGAAGGAUGGACGGACGGAAGGAAAGAAGGACUGAAAUAAUGAAGGAAUGAAGGAAGGAAGGAAGGAAUGAAAGAAUGAUAGCGUGAAGGAAGGAAUGGAAGAAUGAAGGAAUGAUAGCGUGAAGGAAGGAAUGGAAGAAUGAAGGAAUGAUAGCGUGAAGGAAGGAAUGGAAGAAUGAAGGAAUGAUAGCAUGAAGGAAGGAAUGGAAGAAUGAAGGAAUGAUAGCAUGAAGGAAGGAAUGGAAGAAUGAACGAAUGAUAGCAUGAAGGAAGGAAUGGAAGAAUGAACGAAUGAUAGCAUGAAGGAAGGAAUGGAAGAAUGAAGGAAGGAAUGAAUUAACUGGGUAACUCAAAUGGCCACUUUUUCCAGCUGUGGUAAUCAGAAAAGCAUCUCAGAAUGACCAGCAUGUAGAACUCUGAGGUGAAUUGACCACAACAGCAGAAAAUCACAUCAGAUUCUAGAUGUUUCAGCGAGGGACAGUAAUCGAAGGCUGUAGAAGGCAGAGAAUUGGAAAAAGACUGAAUGAGAUACUUUUCCAAUCAUCAGCUAUCCUGUUUAGAUGAACCUGUAGCAUUGUACCUCCAGUUCCUAUUCUUUGUAGAGAUCAAGUUAGGAUAAGCCAAGGAUGAAACCUAUCUACUGACCGCAGCCAGGAAUUUAGCUAGCUAUUAAUUCUUCCUUAACACUAAAAAACAUAGUGAUGAUGGAAAUACUUCAAGAAUAUAACCAAUUCCUUAGAACUGGAGUUUAGAAAAAUGCUCAGUACUGGGAUUAAUAAUAUCACACUGUAAUUAUGCCCUCACACCUCCUACAAACUAGGAACCUUGUGAACUUGUAGAGAGAAACUUUAUUUAAAAAUUACAGCCAAAUGUCACAGUAUCAGCAUAUGAAGGGUUUUCCCAGGAGGCCACGCGCUAAAGCAUGUUAAUCGUUAAAAAUGCUUUCAAAAUAUUACCUAAUCAGCCUCUCAUAGCUCGCCGUUCUGAGCUGAAAGUGCGAGGUCACUGUGAACCACCUGAGUGUGUGUUUAAUUUGGACAAAGUGGUCUAAUGGAGGAUCACUUUAAACUGAGAAACAGUUGCAUGAUUGCAGUCAUUAACAUCAGGGGGCUUUUAACUGCCCCUGCUAGCUAUCAGGGUCAAAGCUGCUUGUGUGUCAACAAGCGUUUUACUUCCACGAAGCUUCGUUAUACAAGUGACCUGCAUUUCUAAUACACAGGGAGCGGGGAGGAGAGAUGGACAGAAUUCACACUCGUUCUGUGCACUCAGGGGGUUAGUGUGCAGUGUGUUUCUGAUCGCUGGCUCAGGACUCAGGACUCAGGUUAUGUAGUGUUCAGGUGGAUAACUAGGGGGAGCCCUUGAAGCAUCUCUCUCAUUACUAAUGAGUUCUGAAGAGCAACAUGACAUCACUCAGCAUUACUUCCUCUCCUCUCUCUCUUUCUCUCUCUGCUCACUUCAUCUCUGUGUUGUUCGUCUCUCCUUCUCCGUUCUCCUUCCUUAUUCCAUCAUUAUCCUCCCAUCAUUAUCUUCUCAUCUCUUGACACUGUUUUGUGAAAGAUUUCUUCUCAUCCUCAUUUCUUUAUGGCUCUCCUCUCCUCUCGCCUCAUCUCGUCUUCUCUCCUCUCAUUUUUGUCUGUUCAUUUUCAUCUCCUCUCUGCUCUCCUCAUUUCUACUCUCCCUUCCUCACGUUCAUCUCUCUCCUCCUCAUUUCUACUCUCCCUUCCUCAUGUUCAUCUCUCUCCUCCUCAUUUUCAUCUCUUUUCUGCUCCCUAUCCCCUUCUCUCUCUCCUCUCUAUGUUCUCUCUGGUCAUACCUUUUCUCCUUUCCUCUCCUCUCUUCAUUUCUUUUCUCCUCACUUGCUUUGUUUCACUCUCUCUUCACAUUUUAUGCACUUUUCUCCUAAUUUUUCUCCUCUCCUCUCCUGUCCUCCUAUUUCACCUUUGUUCAUUUCUGUUCAUCUUUCUUUCACUCUCACACAUCUCUGCUCCUCAUGCUCAUAUCUUUUCUGCUCCUUUUCUCCUUUCCUAGUUCUUUUUGCUUUCCUCUCCUUGUUUCUUCUAUCUGUCUCCUCAUUUUCUGUUCUCUUCUCCUCAUUUUUUGUCCUUCUCUCUCCUUUGUAUCUCUCUCCCCUCUUUAUUUUAUCUACAUCCUCUCUGCUCCUCUCAUCUCAUCACCUCUCCUCUCCUCUCCUCUCCUCUCCUCUCUCUUUUCCUCUGACCUUUCCUCAGUAUGACGUCUCCUCUUUUCUGACAAAAAAUGAAGCUUCAUAAUAACAAUCUGUGUACAUUUGAUUGUUUCACAGUGUUGUAUAUGAGAAUAUUGCAGCCAGUGAAUAACCUUUGAGGCUGAGAAAUCCUUUACAUGCUUCAGUGUGAGCAGAUAACAAGCCUCUAAUCCAGCUUUAACACAAACCCCAUAAUGUCUGUGAAGACAAUCUGCCUGUUAAGUCUUAUAGUAUAACUAUAACAUAUAGUAUAGCUAUAACUUGCUCAGUAGCACUGUGUGUGUGUGUGUGUGUUACUGAGAUGUGUUUGGAUGAGAGUAAAGGGAACCAGGAGAGACUCAUUGCACAAAACAUUAGGCAAGUCUGAGGUUAACAAGAGAAGUCUCUCUCUCCCUCCUUGUCUCUUUCUUGCCAUAUCGCUCGCUCUCUCUCCUUCUCUGUUCUCUCUCUCUCUCUCUCUUACUCUCUCUCUCUCUCUCUCUCUCUCUCUUACACAUACAUAUAGAGCAGUAGAACAGCAGAAGCACAGUGGUGGUUUAACGAGCAGAACAGGGGAACAUAUGGAGCAUGAAUGCAGCCUGCUUUACUCCCAGCUUCAUCAUCAGCUUCACUGCUGUAGGCCUUAAGCUCUCUCUCUCGCUCUCUCUCUCUCUCUCUUUCUCCUUUCUCUCUCUAUCUCUCUUUCUCCUUUCUCUCUCUCUCUCUCUCUCUCUCUCCUUUCUCUCCUCUCUCUCUCACCCAGUGCCUCACCCUCUCUGUUCAAUUUUUAUUUACAAUCCCCAAAAUCAGAGUGCAUUGAUUGUACAUUUCCCA